GUACAUUGCAAAUCAAAAAUAUCUGGAAAAUUUAAAUGUUAAAUUGUAAAUUAGUUCUAUUAGCGCUGACGAAAGGAUAAUGUUCUUCGACUGGAGCUCAACUGACUUUAAGCCCAACGGUAAUGAAUGGGAGUAUUACCCGUUUGCAUAUAGACAUGAUAUGCGCUAUGAUAUCGAUGCCCGUAACUGUACUCUGCCGGCCAUCGUGGAGUUCCCUAACCUUAUGCGACAAAAAAGUUGGAUAGCAAUCGUAGUAUCAACUUUGGUCAGCAUGUACCUUUUUGUCAUCCUAGCGAUUGUGUGUGACGAUUAUCUAGUGCCAGCCAUGGAGCGCCUUUGCUACACCCUACGCAUGACCUAUGAUGUGGCGGGAGCCACUUUUCUAGCGGCUUCCACAUCGGCACCGGAACUGUUUGUAAACUUUGUGGGAACCUUCGUCACUAAUGGCGACAUCGGACUUGGCACUAUCGUGGGAUCUUCCGUGUUCAAUAUCCUGGUAAUUGCAGGAGUUUGCGGCAUAUUUACUCAACCGACCAAACUGGAUUGGUGGCCGGUGACCAGAGACACAGCGUGGUACCUCAUAGCUAUAGCGUCGCUCACAUAUGUGUUGUGGGAUUCGUUGGUUAUGUGGUAUGAGGCUUUUGCCCUUUUACUACUAUACAUUUCUUAUGUCAUUCAAUUGUCCUUUGACCGUAGGAUCCAAAAUUUGGUUCGACAUGAACACGCGGAGUCGGAGCUGUUGGACGAAGAUCCGAUGACCCGCGAAGAAGAGCCGCUGAAGGGAUUUCGCGACCACGUGUGUGCGAAACCGAAAACGGAAUACAAUUUUUACCAGUGGACCUGGUGGGCCAUCAAAUAUCCGGCAGAAUUGAUGCUUGCCUGCACUGUUCCCAGUGCUAGAUCCAUCUUCUUCCUUUCAAUGAUUUCGGCCAUCCUUUGGAUUUCCUUGAUAUCCUAUCUUCUUACGUGGUUUCUCACAAUAUUGGGGUACAACCUCAACAUUCCAGACGCGAUCAUGGGCCUUACUGUACUGGCCGCCGGCACUAGUGUUCCAGAAGUCGCGUCCUCGUAUAUUGUGUCCAAAAAAGGAUAUGGGUCAAUGGCCAUCUGCAAUGCCAUUGGGUCGAACACAUUCGACAUUUUAGUAUGCCUUGGUCUACCCUGGCUUCUGAAAAUUCUUAUUUACCAGCAAAAGAUCGAUAUCGACUCCACAGCCCUUACCAUCACCACGGCCAUGCUAGUAGUAACUGCCGCCGUUCUUUAUUUGGGUCUUCUGGCAAGGAGGUUUGUGAUGGGCAAGACCGUCGGAUAUCUAAGCAUAAUCUUCUAUGCGCUUUUUCUGAUUAUCGCCUGUACACUAGAGAUAUUAUUGAACAAAGAAAAAAUGUGCGACAUCCAGGAUUAAUUGAGCCUAAUUAAUGAAAAUAAAUUUUUGGAAUGAGAAGGUAAUGAAAACAGGAAACUACCCCAU